GGGAUUAGCGGGAAGCCGCGGCCCCGCCUUCCCCCCUCGCAUCCAGGGCGAGAGCGGAGGGGGCGAUGGACCAAACCGGGCGGGACUGGCACCAUGGCAUUCGCCGGCUUCGUGGUGGCUCUGGUGAUAGGGGCCAUCCCCGGGGCCCGCGGGCUCGGGCCGGUCCCCGCCAGCCUCCCGGCCGCCCGCGGCCCCCCGCCGCCGCCCGCCGGCUGCCCCGCCGCGGGGCGCUUCGCCGGCGCCUCGGCGGCCGCGGCCCCGCGCCCGUGGCGGGCGGCGGCGCCCGCCCUCCCGCGGCCGGGGGCGGCGGGCCGGGCGCCGCGGGGCCGCCGCAGCUCCUGCGCCCUGCGCGGCGGCGGCCGGCCCUGGUGCGCCGCCGGGAGCGGCCGGGGCCGCGCCGACUGCGAGCCAGGGUCAGUGCGACUCCAAGGUGGCAAGAAUGAGUUUGAAGGUACAGUUGAGGUUUAUUUGAACGGAGUCUGGGGAACAAUCUGUGGCAGCCACUGGGAUAAUAAUGAUGCAACAGUCAUAUGUCGACAGCUUGCACUUGGUGAAAAAGGUACUGCAAAACACAUACCAUUUGCUGGACUGGGCCUUAUCCCUGUUUACUGGAGUGAAGUACGUUGCCGUGGUGAUGAAGAAAAUAUACUGUUAUGUGAAAAAGACAUCUGGCAGGAUGGAACAUGUCCUCAAAAAAUGGCAGCUGCCGUCACAUGUAGCUCUUCCCUGGCCUCUCUCUUUAUUCCGAUCCGGCUGGCUGGUGGGAACAAUGCUCAUGAAGGAAGAGUAGAAGUCUACCAUGCUGGCCAGUGGGGGACUGUCUGUGAUGAUCAGUGGGAUGACGCAGAUGCUGAAGUUGUCUGUCGGCAGCUUGGCCUUGGGGGUGUUGCCAAGGCAUGGAGCCAGGCUUACUUUGGAGAGGGCUCAGGCCCAGUGCUGCUGGAUGAAGUGCGUUGUACAGGAAAUGAACUGUCUAUAGAACAGUGUCCUAAAAGCUCCUGGCAAGAACACAACUGUGGCCACAAAGAAGACGCUGGUGUUUCCUGUACACCUCUUACAGAUGGUGCAUUAAGACUAGCAAGUGGGAAAGGCAGUCAUGAGGGACGCCUGGAGGUCUAUUAUACCGGGCAGUGGGGCACAAUCUGCGAUGAUGGGUGGACUGAGCUGAAUACACAGGUGGUUUGCCGGCAGCUGGGAUUUAAGUACGGAAAAAGCGCACCUGAGAGUUACUCAGAAGGAAGUUCUGGGCCCAUCUGGUUGGAUGAUGUCAGCUGCUCAGGGAAGGAGUCAAACCUUCUGCAGUGUUCAAAAAGAGAGUGGGGAAAGCAUGACUGCAACCACCAGGAGGAUGUGAGACUAAUCUGUCAUCCGGAUAAUGACAGCCAUAAACUCUCACUCGGUCCUCCCAUCAGGCUGAUGGAUGGUGAGAAUAAGAAAGAAGGACGUGUAGAGAUUUUUAUCAAUGGCCAGUGGGGGACAAUUUGUGAUGACGGAUGGUCUGAUAAGGAUGCAGCUGUAGUCUGUCGACAGCUUGGCUACAGAGGUCCAGCUACAGCAAGGACAAUGGCAUAUUUUGGGGAGGGUAAAGGUCCGAUCCACGUGGAUAACGUGAAAUGUACAGGAAAUGAGAGAUCUCUGGUGGACUGCAUUAAACAGGACAUUGGAACCCACAACUGCCGUCACAGCGAGGACGCCGGGGUGAUCUGUGACUACCCAGGCAAGAAAGCCCCCGGGAACAGCAAUAAAGAUUCUCUUGCUUCUGUUUGUGGAUUGAGGUUACUACAUCGCCGACAAAAGCGAAUAAUUGGUGGGAAAAAUUCUUUACGGGGUGGCUGGCCAUGGCAAGUUGCACUCCGACUAAAGUCAUCUCAUGGUGACGGAAGACUCCUGUGUGGUGCCACUCUCAUCAGCAGCUGCUGGGUCCUCACUGCUGCACAUUGCUUUAAGAGGUAUGGCAAUAACACUCGGAAUUACGCCGUGCGAGUUGGAGAUUAUCACACACUGGUACCAGAAGAGUAUGAGGAAGAAAUCAGAGUCCAGCAGAUAGUGAUGCAUGAAGAGUACAGGCCUGACAGCAGCGACUAUGACAUUGCGUUAGUGAGGCUACAAGGUCCAGAGGAACAAUGUGCCAGAUUCAGUACCCACGUCUUACCUGCUUGCUUGCCAUUAAGGCGAGAGAGACCACAGAAAACCGCUCCUAACUGUUACAUCACUGGAUGGGGUGACACAGGGAGGGCCUAUUCAAGAACAUUACAACAAGCUGCCAUCCCUUUACUUCCCAAGAAGGUAUGUGAAGAGCGUUAUAAAAGAAGAUUCACAGGAAGAAUGCUCUGUGCUGGAAAUCUCCAGGAACAGAAACGUGUUGAUAGCUGUCAAGGAGACAGUGGUGGACCACUGAUGUGUGAACGCCCUGGGGAAAGCUGGGUUGUGUAUGGUGUGACCUCCUGGGGCUAUGGCUGUGGAGUGAAAGACUCUCCAGGUGUCUACACAAAAGUUUCAUCUUUUGUACCCUGGAUAAAGAGUGUGACCAAACUAUGAAUGUCCUUAAUCAAAAACAAACUUUGGUAAUAAACUUUGAGGUAGGACAGCUUAAACUGCACAGACAGUGCACAGCUGGGGCCCACAAUAGAUGGGAACAGACACAUUUUCCCCAAUUCAUGUGUUUUUCUUUUUGUUAAAUCCAAGUUGUACACACACAACCUUUCCAGUUAGGGAUUAAUAUGCAGACAAAUCCCUUUGAGGAAGUUUAUACUGCAUGAACAAAUUUCCAUGUAGAUAAUGGCAAAAGUGAUCUCUAUCUUAGAGUAACACUGGAGCAGGACAGCUGGAGAGUUCACUACAAGAUUCACUGUUCACAGAAGACUGUAGUAGCAGUUAUUCACACUCCAAGCUCCUCUAAAAUUACAGAUCUCAAAAUUCAUUUCCAGUCUAGCCUAUUUAAUCAGUCCUUGACUGUUUCCCUAUUUAUUAUUCCUAUGGUCUUAUACUCAAGUCCUUUAACUUUGUCUCAUGUUUCAUUCAGCUGACGCGAUCACUCACAGGUUCAUUUCUGGUGAUGAUUCUGUGUAGGCAUUAAAAUGUUAGAAGGAAAACUAAUUGCCAAUAAUCAAACCCCCAGAUACUCUGAUAAACAAUUCUCACAGCUUAGUUUCUAAAGCACAUUCCCAAGUUGACAGUACUCUGGAAGUAAUUAUUUUCCCAUCAAAAAUCUUGCACAGCUGCAUGAGCUAGAUCAAAAAGACUGCCCUCUUUGAAUUUCAGAAAGACAACAAAUGAUUUUUAUCUAGAGGGACCCUUCCCCCGCCUCCCCCUGAUUUUUAGCACAUGCAUAUAAUGACAUAUAUGCAGCAUUUUGGAGAGUUUUCAGGUUUUCCUGAUUGCCACUAGCUGUUGGUACAGUAUCAGUCUCCAACACUCCAAUUCUCUAACAAAAAUUAAAAUAAUUCAAAACAAGCUCAUAGAUCACUGGUUUUGGAGGGGCAUUACUGAAGUAACAUCAGGAACCUCUACCAAUCCUACAAGAAAAAGUUACUGUAAGUACAUAGAAUGCAAGUACUAGAGAUGCUGGGCCAAUACAUGUCUGAAAAUGUCUAUAGUCUUAAAUAACAGUUUUAUAAAACCUAAGAAUAAAGAACUCUAUCAUAUUUAGUUGGAAUACCAAUUCAGUCCAACCUGACCAGAAAGGGAAAACUACCUGAUAUCAGUAUCUGCAAAGUACUUGCGUAUCUUUUAUCUAGCAACUGCUCAAAUUUGUCAUUGUAAUUUACGAUGCUAAAGAAAACAGUCACAUGGACCCUAAUGUCCUUUUACAUUCCAAACAUCAUUUAACACCUAUGACUAAAACAGUUACUUUUCAAAGACUUCUAUUAAAAAAAAAAAAAAAGCAUUAACAUACCUUGAUUGCCUUUGUCAAUCCCUUUCAUAAAUUCUGUUCCCAAGGCUAUGGAAACCUUAAUGGUUUAUUAAAAAAAUACACUGAUAAAAAGUGUCUUUAACUUAGUAUAGCAAGAGAUGUAUUAAACAACUAUUAAUAGUCUUUUAUAAAGGGGCAUCUCAUUUAACUUCUUUGUCACACAGAAGACAAGAAGUAAUUACCUUUUUAGUGCAACACUGUUUGAUAUCAAGUUAAUCUUGGAAACAUCCAAGAACUACAGUAAACAAAAGAGGAAACCUCAGUGCUACAUCUACAAUCCCUGUCUAUAAUGCCGAUUUGACUGUCUACAAAUGUUCUGUGUACUACAUUUUGACAAACACUUUUUUUUUAAGAUGAAGAAACAAAAGCUUUGCAGGCCGAGGAACACUCCAGUGUGAAAGAUGUGGCAGUUGUGUGUCACCAUGUUGUAUGUAAUUGUACAAAUUGUGACUACCAGCUACUGUUUUUCUGUUUCCUUUCCCCAAAUAUUCCAGCUCUGACAGUGUUGUCUGGCCUUUUGUGAACAAAGUGGAAUGCCUGUGUUCAUAAUGUAAGUGGGUUAUCAUCCAUUUCUGUAUGCUUCUAUGCCUCUCCAGUAUUUCUUACAACAAAUACUCAAGACAACUCAGCUUGCAUGCAAAAAACGGUGAUAAUAUUGCAGAAUCCCAUGUGAUUGAAGACUUGGUCCUCAUGUUCUCUCCAGACCUCAGAGUGAUUUUCAAGGGCCAUGACUAGUUUAAAUACCUUGUCUGAAUUGGUGCUAAGCUAGAAUACAUGAGGUGCUUUUAUACAACAUUUGAAGUCUUCUGUAAUUGUGCAUUACUGGAAUAGCGUGAAAUAUUUUAUUUAAAAAGAUGUAAUAAAAUCACAGUACAAUGACCACCUACUGUUAGACCUAUAUGAAACCCUCUGCUAGUGAGCUUUAAAUCCAUUCAUAUUUUUACUGCUUAUAUAUAUCCCUUCCAAUUAAAAUGACAAAAGAGGAAAUACAUGUUGGAAGAUAUCUACUUGUACCAUCCAAAACUUUGCUAUAUAAGGCAUGCUAUUUUGAGGCUUGUGAAGUAGGCUGUAUAGUGCAAUAUACUGUGUGAGAUGUGUAAGGAGAAAUAGUGAUUUUCUUUUAAAAGUUGCACCACAAAAGUAUUAUACUUGGAAAAGAAAGAUCAAGUCUGCAUACUGAGCAUAGCAAGCCACUUAGAUUUAGUAUAGUAGUUUGCUAGUUUUGCUUAGUCAGCUCUUUUCAUAAGAUGCUUUAAUACUUAGAUUAAAAAUGUUGCACUACUGUUUUCAUGCAGACAGCAUGCCUUUUUAGUUUCUAACAUAAAGUGGAACUGUCUUACGUUAUGCCAUUUAAAUAUUUGUUCAAUGAGCCUGAUGAUGUGUGUACAAUAAAACUGCCACACUAAAACUUUU